AUGUCCAACAACAAUGACAGCUGCAACCUCCCCCUGAACACCGACACACUUGGUCUCACCUACAUCUACAGCAUGGCCUUCUCACUGGGUCUCCCUUGCAACUUGCUGUCCCUCUGGGGACUGUACCAACUGGGCCGCUCCGGUGGGGGUGGCUGCCAGCUGGUCUACAUCCUCAACCUGCUGCUUUCUGACCUCCUCCAGCUGCUCACCCUCCCCCUCUGGAUCCUCUACCUCCAGGGGGCGCACCGAUGGCCCUACGGCCGCCCCUCCUGCGAGUUCGUGGGCUACGUCUUCUACGUCAAUGUCUACGCUAGCGUGGUGUUCCUCUGUUUGAUAGCGUUGGACCGUUGCCUGGCGAUAGUACACCCAUUGAGUAGUCGUGGCGUGCGGACGGUGCGGGUGGCGGCAGUGUCUGGAGUGGCGGUCUGGACGCUGACCUUCCUGUUCUGUUUAGGCGGGUUGCUUCCAUCGGUGUUCGACGCGGAGAGGCUGCUGUGUCUGGAGCAGUACCCCGUCAGCCUCAGAUAUGCCCACUUUAAGAUCGCUACAGUCAUCAUGGGGUUCCUGCUGCCCUGUGGUAUACUGGGUUACACCUCCGUCCGCAUCGGGGUGACCCUCCAACAGUCGCCCUCCGUCUCCGACCAGGACCGUCACAAAAUCACUGGCAUCCUUGUCGUCAUCACAGUCAUCUUCAUCGUCGUCUUCGGACCCUACCAUCUGGUCGGGGGGUACCGUUUCGUCUCCCUCCUCCUCAUAGACGACCCCUGCGAGUUGGAACAGUCCAUUUUCCUGUGCUACCGGCUGUGCUACGGUCUGACCAGCCUCAACACCCUGCUGGACCCUCUGUUCUACAUCUUCCUGUGUCACGACGCCCGUCUGGAGCUCCAAAGGUCCCUAAUGCCCUGUCUGGGACGGGGGCACACAGCCCCCAAACAGGUCAGACUUAGUCUCAGAGGGCAUCCUGAUCCGAGUGACAGUGUGUAA